AUGGCAUGGGAUGGAGGACUUGAGCCCAAUGGCACAGAGGGCAAAAACUUCUACAUCCCCAUGAACAACAAGACGGGGGUUGUGAGGAGUCCAUUUGAAUAUCCACAGUAUUAUUUGGCAGAUCCAUGGGUCUUCAAAUUGUUUGCUCUCUAUAUAUUUUUCUUGAUCAUUACUGGAUUCCCCAUCAACUUUCUGACACUGGUGGUCACUGCUCAGAACAAGAAACUCCGGCAACCUCUCAACUUUAUCCUGGUUAACUUAGCUGUGGCUGGACUGAUCAUGGUCAUGUUUGGAUUCACAGUCACCAUUUAUUCUUCUCUCCAAGGCUAUUUCUCCUUGGGACCUAUGAGUUGCGCUAUUGAAGGAUUCAUGGCUACACUUGGAGGUCAGGUGUCUCUGUGGUCUCUUGUGGUUCUGGCUAUUGAGAGAUACAUUGUGGUCUGUAAACCCAUGGGAAGUUUCAAAUUUACAGCUACCCAUGCAGGAGUAGGUUGUGCAUUCACAUGGCUCAUGGCUAUGGCAUCUGCUGCCCCCCCUCUCUUUGGUUGGUCAAGGUAUCUUCCUGAGGGACUUCAAGUCUCCUGUGGACCGGAUUACUACACUCUGGCCCCAGGCUACAACAACGAAUCUUAUGUCAUCUACUUGUUCACCUGCCACUUCUGUGUUCCAGUCUUCACCAUUUUCUUCACCUAUGGAAAUUUAGUGUUUACAGUGAAGGCUGCUGCAAGCCAACAGCAGGACUCAGCUUCUACCCAGAAAGCUGAGAAGGAAGUGACACGUAUGUGCAUCCUGAUGGUUCUGGGCUUCCUCUUUGCCUGGACCCCAUAUGCUUCCUUUGCUGCAUGGAUCUUCUUCAACAAGGGAGCUGCAUUCACACCUUUAGCCAUGGCUAUCCCUGCCUUCUUCUCAAAGACCUCAGCAUUGUACAAUCCCAUCAUCUACAUUCUGAUGAACAAACAGUUUCGUAGCUGCAUACUUGCAGCAGUUGGAAUGGGCAGUAUGGUUGAGGAUGAGACCUCGGUAUCAGCCAGCAAGACAGAAGUCUCCUCUGUUUCCUAAGAAUUAUGAC